AUUCGUCCCCCGUUUCCUCCAUUCCGGUGGGCGCCGGAAUCCCAGCACCCGGAAACCCGCAGGGACGGCACGGGAGAGAGAGAGAGAAAGAGAGAGCUCGCCCUCUCUCCUCCGGCGCGUCCUUAUAAGCAAUGACCCCACCAGGCCACCGCCGCCGCCUCCCGCCGUCGUCCCCGUCAUGGCUCCGCUCCUCUUCCUUCUCCUCGCCGCCCUCGCGUUGUCUCCGACCUUCGAUGCCGCCGCCGGAGGCUUCUACGACCAGGCGCGCGUCACCCAGCUCUCCUGGCGCCCCAGGGCGUUCCUGUACAGCGGCUUCCUCUCGCACGCCGAGUGCGACCACCUCGUCAAGCUGGCCAAGGGGAGGCUGCAGAAGUCGAUGGUUGCGGACAAUGACUCCGGGAAGAGUGUCAUGAGCCAGGUGCGCACAAGCUCCGGCACGUUCUUGAACAAGCAUGAGGAUGAAAUUAUCUCUGGAAUUGAAAAGCGCGUAGCUGCUUGGACAUUUCUACCUGAAGAAAAUGCCGAGUCAAUUCAGGUUCUGCACUAUGAAGUUGGUCAGAAGUAUGAUGCCCACUUCGAUUAUUUUCAUGACAAAAAUAACCAGAAGCUUGGUGGUCAUCGAGUUGCCACUGUCCUUAUGUACCUGACAGAUGUGAAGAAGGGUGGGGAAACUGUCUUUCCGAAUGCAGAGGGAAGACAUUUACAACACAAGGAUGAAACGUGGUCCGAGUGCGCAAGAUCUGGCCUGGCAGUGAAGCCAAGAAAAGGUGAUGCACUACUGUUCUUCAGUCUCCACAUUAACGCGACAACAGAUCCAAGCAGUCUUCAUGGAAGCUGCCCAGUAAUUGAGGGUGAGAAGUGGUCUGCCACAAAAUGGAUCCACGUCCGGUCAUUUGACAAUCCUCCAAUUGUUAGGAUGGACGUGCGGUGUUCUGAUGACAAUGAGCUUUGCUCUAAAUGGGCUGCUGUUGGAGAGUGUUACAGGAACCCAAAAUACAUGAUAGGCACGAAAGAUACGCUCGGAUUUUGCCGCAAAAGUUGCGGGAUUUGCGAUGCUUGAAACUCUCACCUAUCUGAACUGUAUAUGUGAAGUGCAGUGUUAGCCUGUUGUCUGUUUCCACUCCCCUUUCUGUUUUACCUGGGAUGUACGUUACAAAACCAAGUAGACUUACUCCUCUUAACAUGUAGUUUGACCGCAGAGCAUCUUGACAUAAAGCUAUUUUUUUAAUCCAACCUGCUGAUAUCAAAGAAUUUCUCCAGCAUUAAAUUGCAUUCA